CAAUGGACAAACCAAUCAAGUUUGAGGAUGGACAGAUUUCUGAGGGUCAAAGUAUCCAGCAGAAGAGAUUGAUGCCACCUGCACCCAGCUGCGAAUUUAUGAAGAGUGACUGGUCAGUGCCAUGUACUGAAGAUCAACUCCCGAUAACAGCUCAGCAGAAACUAAAAUCACAUCUGAAGAAAAAGUUUGAGUUCCUUUUUGAAGGACAAGCUAAGCAAGGAAACCCAACCCUUCUGAAUGAUAUUUACACAGAGCUCUACAUAACUGAAGGUGGUACUGGUGGGAUCAGUGAGGAACAUGAAGUGAGACACAUUGAGAGAGCACUCAAGAAACCAGCUACACCAGAAACUAAAAUCAAAUGCAGUGAAAUUUUUACACCCUUACCUGGAAAAGUAACACAUAUAAGAACUGUGAUGACGCUGGGGAUUGCAGGUAUUGGGAAAACGGUGACUGUGCAGAAAUUUAUUCUUGACUGGGCAGAAGGAAAAGAAAAUCAAGACCUUCAUUUCAUAUUUCCUCUUCCUUUUCGAGACCUAAAUUUGAUAAAGGAUAACGAAUUCAGUUUGACACAACUGCUUCAUUACUUUCUCCCACAAGUCAAAGAGUUUGGACUCACUCAGCUUUUUAAUUCCAAAGUCUUGUUUGUCUUUGAUAGUCUAGAUGAGUGUCGCUUUCCUCUAGAUUUUAAGAACAAUGAGAUCUGUUCUGAUGUGACAAAGACAACCUCACUGGAUGUGUUGUUGACCAACCUCAUGAAGGGGAAUCUGUUUCCUUCUGCUCUCAUCUGGAUCACUUCCCGUCCAGCAGCCACCAGUCAGAUCCCUCCUGAGUGUGUCGAUCGAGUGACAGAGAUACGAGGGUUCAGUGAUCCUCAGAAGGAGGAGUACUUCAAUAAGAGAUUCAAUGAUGAGGACCUGUCCGAAAGGAUCAUAACACAUGUGAAGUCAUCAAGGAGCCUUUACAUCAUGUGUCACAUUCCAGUCUUCUGUUGGAUUUCAGCCACUGUUCUUGAGAGGCUCUUUGUUGAGGAACACAGCGGAGAAAUUCCCAAGACUCUCACUGAGAUGUACACACACUUCCUGAUCUUUCAGACCAAUUUAAAGAAUGAAAAGUAUCUGAAAAAACAAGAAACGGAGCCUCUGAAAUCUUUAAAAUUAGAUAUAGAAUUUGUUCUGAAACUGGGGAAGUUGGCUUUCAACAACCUUGAUAACGGAAAUCUCAUAUUUUAUGAGGAAGAUCUCAGGGAGUUUGGCAUUGAUGUCAAUGAAGCUUCAGUGUAUUCUGGAGUGUGUACAGAAGUGUUUAGACAGGAGAUUGGGUUGUAUGAGGGGAAGGUUUACUGCUUUGUACAUCUCAGUGUUCAGGAGUAUCUGGCUGCUUUACAUCAGUUUAUGGCAAAUUCUGAUCCCGACCUGCUGAAGAAAACAGUGGUUCAAGCUUUAGAGAGCAAGAAUGGACACUUGGACCUCUACCUCCGUUUCCUUCUUGGCCUUUCAAUGGAAUACAGUCAACAGCUUGUAAAAGGACUAAUGGCAGAGGUAAAGUCUUAUGACAUUACAGAAACAGUCAGACACAUCAAUCAGAAGAUCAAUGAGAAACUUUCUCCAGAGAAGACCAUUUAUCUCUUCCACUGUCUGAAUGAACUGAAUGACAAUUCUCUGGUGAAAGAAGUCCAGAAUUACCUGAAAACAGGACAUCUUUCAGAAGAGGACAUCAGACCCACAGAGUGGUCAGCUCUGGCCUUUGUGUUGAUGACGUCAGCAGAGGAAUUGGAUCUUUUGGACCUGAGAAACUGCACAUUACAUGAUGAAGGUCUUCAGAGGAUGCUACCAGUGAUCCAGGUCUCCAGAACUGCUCUGUUGAAUCAUUGUUCUCUCACUGAAAAAUGCUGUGAAGUUUUGGCUUCGGUUCUGAGGUCAGACUCCAACCUGAGAGAGCUGGACUUGAGUGACAAUGACCUGCGGGACUCAGGAGUGGAACUGCUCUCUACUGGACUGGGGAACCAACAGUGUAAACUGGACACACUGAGGCUGAAGAUGUGUGGACUAACAGAGAAAUGCUGUGAAGUUCUGGCCUCAGUUCUUACAUCAAACUCCUCACACCUGAGAGAGCUGGACUUGAGUGACAAUGACCUGCAGGAUUCAGGAGUGGAACUGCUCUCUGCUGGACUGGGGAACAAAUGCUGUAAACUGGACACACUAAGACUGUCUGGCUGUUGUGUCACAGAGGGAGGCUGUACUUCUCUGGCUUCAGCUCUGUGUUCGAACCCCUGUAAACACCUGAGAGAGCUGGAUCUGAGCUAUAAUAACCCAGGGGGCUCAGGGGUGAAGCUGCUCUCUGAUCUACGGCAGGAUCCCGCCUGCAAACUGGAGAUACUACAUGUGGACCAUGGUGGAGAGUACAGGAUCAGACCAGGGCUCCUCAAAUACUCCUGUCAGCUCACAUUGGACCCCAACACAGCGAACACAGACCUGUAUCUGUCUGAGGACAACAGGACAGUGACAUGGAGAGAGAAACAGCCAUAUCCUGAUCAUCCAGACAGAUUUGACUGUUUACCUCAAGUUUUGUGUAGAGAGAGUCUCUCUAGUCGCUGUUACUGGGAGGUUCAGUGGAGUGGAGAUGGGGCUCGUAUAGCAGUGGCUUAUAAAGGAAUCAGGAGGAAAGGAGGCAGCGCUGAAGGUCAGUUUGGAUUCAAUGACAAGUCCUGCAUUUUGGUCUGCUCUGGUAAAAAUUACUCUGUCAUUCACAAUAGCAAACAGAGUACCAUACCUAUAACCCCCUCCCACACAGUAGGAGUGUAUCUGGAUUGGCCGGCUGGCACUCUGUCCUUCUACAGAGUCUCCUCUGGUGAACUGACCCUCCUGUACAGGUUCACCACCACAUUCAAGGAGCCCCUCUGUGCUGGGUUUAGGGUUUGGUGGGACUCCUCAGUGACCCUGAGUGAGAUGGGGUAG